GGUUACAAUCUAAAAAUAAAAUUUGGUGUAACAACGCCUAUCCUCAUGAUCAUGAUCAAGCCGUAGAACUUGAUGUCGUAAUAGAAUUACGCAAACCAGAGACGGCGAAAGGUGCCUAUAUAUGCAUUGUCUCACAGCCACCGCAUCAUUCUGCUGUCAUACCAGCUUGCAGAGACGGUCGGAGCUGUCCUUUCAUUCUGCCCUAAUUAACUAGGCUUGAAGGCUAGCCUGUCUAAAAGAAUAGCAAGCAAGCGGCGAAAUAUAGACUACUAAUCAGCAUCUCUCUAUCAGUUCUUGAAACUCAAGCAGAGCGCGCACAAGGCACUAUGAGCUCUCUGAUGACAUUUGUAACAACUACCUGUUUGCUGGUAGCUAUUGUUAAUGCAACGCCAACUGAGACAGACCCACAAGAUUUCAAUAUGGAAGGUACGGUUUCUUCUACAAAGUGUGUCUACCUUAAUCAAAAAUAUGAACAAGGACAAAUCUUCUGGCCUGAUCGCUGCCACACAUGUAUCUGUGGAGCAGGUGGCAUGCUUUCUUGCAGCAAAGAUCCUUGUGAAGAGCUUAUCUGCCUACCAUAUCAUCAUGAACAAAUUCGGCCAGGAGAAUGCUGCAGUUCAUGUGUUAGGUCAACAUGCUACUGGAAAGGACGUUGGUAUGAAGGAGGAGAUAUGUGGACUGGCAAUUCUCUAGACAACGGACGAUACUGUAAGCUAGCUUGCAGAUGUGAAGCUGAGGGGAACGUCACUUGUAACAAGUCUGAUUGUGGAUCUAUCUCAAAUGGCAAUGCACGUGGGGAAAAAGUGUGUCAAGAUGAUGGAAAAAGAUACAAUGCUGGACAAAACUGGACAAAACAAACUUUGUACCGCGGUAGACAGUGUAGAAUUGCUUGCACAUGUAAGAAGAGCGGCAAGGCUACUUGCAACAAAAAGGACUGCAAAACGGCAAAGCCUAUUGCUAAAUACCAACUACGAACAAAAGGUAACAGAGCCCCGUGUUCUGACCCAUUUAUGGGAGAACGACAGCACAGAGACCGAUUUCUAUACUACUUACCAAAUAAUUCCAACUGUGUCAAGGAGUGUCUCUGUCUCUCAGGAACCAUUUAUUGCAAUAUGACCUCCUGCACUCAGGCAUCAGAACAGAUGCCAACUUGUGGAUUGAUCAAAGGCAAGGCAAAACAGACUCAAGCCGAAGGCUGCAUCAGCAUAAAAAAGCAACCAACUACGCAAUGUCCACAGUAUUGUGCUCGAAAUCGAUCAAUGAAACUAGUAAAAUGCUGUCGUCCAGUUAAAACCGCAGUAUCAGUCCGUUUCAAAUGUACUGAUGGAAGACGACUUCGUUUCAACAUCCCUCAAGUAACUGGUUGCAAGUGUUCUGCUAAUUGCAACUUCGGUGAGGACACAUCAACAACAUCAGGAGAUGUUCCUGCCCUACAAUAGUAGCAAUCAGACCACACUUUGUCUAACCAAGAAGCAAGAGGAUACAAUUAAUUAAGAAGACAAUUGAAACAGAAAUAUUAUUAACUGACUGAAACUCAAGUAACUGACAAAAGUUAACAGCAACAUAUAAUAUACUCAGACAUGUGCAUGAAGAGGAAUUGAAAUCAACCUAUAUCAUCAGUGUAAUUAGAAUAGUCGUGCAAAUUAAAAUUACAUAUGAUCAUAACGAUUUGCUAAUUUGCUAACCAGCUCACAGAAACCAAAGAAACGCUUGUCAACCCUAUGCAUGUGACAACUACCGCUUUUACCGCCGUCCUCUUACUGUAUACACGCCAUAUUGCAGUCAUAUUGGACAGGAAUAUUACAGCGUCCUCCUCUUUUUACUGCCGCAGUAUCCUGUUUCUGAUUGCAAUGACAUGGCCUGGGCACAUAAGAACAGUAAAAGUAUUGGCUUGCAACUUUACUCACCAGGCUAUUGCAUGUGUGUUGUUUGAUUUGGAUUUGAGGCUCUUGGUAGUUGGAAUUG